GGCUGGAGCGGCGGGAGCGGCGGGAGCGGCGGGCGGCGGGAGCAUGCGGGGCCCGGCGCGGUGCGCGCUGCUGCUGGCGGCGCUGUGGUGGGGCUGCGGGCUGGCGCUGCGCGGGGGCAUGCUGUACCCGCGGGAGAGCCCGUCGCGGGAGCGCAAGGAGCUGACGGGCCUCUGGAGCUUCCGCGCCGACGAGUCGCCCUGCCGGCGCCGCGGCUUGGAGCAGCAGUGGUACCGGGCGCCGCUGCGGGAGUCCGGCCCCACCUUGGACAUGCCGGUACCGUCCAGCUUCAACGACGUGGGCCAGGACAUUCGGCUGCGAGGCUUCAUUGGCUGGGUGUGGUAUGAGCGGGAGGUGACCCUGCCCCAACGGUGGACGCAGGACCUGGGCACGAGAGUGGUGCUGAGGAUCGGCAGUGCCCACUACUACGCCAUUGUGUGGGUGAAUGGGGUCCAUGUGGCAGAGCACGAGGGUGGCCACCUCCCCUUCGAGGCAGACAUCAGCAAGUUGGUGCAGAGCGGGCCUCUGUCCUCCUGCCGGAUCACCAUCGCCAUCAACAACACGCUCACGCCCCACACCCUGCCGCCCGGGACCAUCCUCUUCCAGGGGGACACCUCCAAGUACCCGAAGGGUUACUUUGUCCAGAAAACAAACUUCGACUUUUUCAACUACGCGGGACUGCACCGGCCAGUGCUCCUCUACACCACACCCGUCGCCUACAUCGAUGACAUCACCGUCACCACGGAUGUGGAGCAAGAUACUGGGCUGGUGAACUACCAGGUGUUUGUCCAGGGCAGCGAUCAAUACCAGCUGGAAGUGCUGCUUCUGGAUGAGGACGGCAAAGUUGUGGCUCAGGGCGAGGGAGGCCGGGGCCAGCUGCGGGUGCCCGCUGCCCACCUCUGGUGGCCGUACCUGAUGCACGAGCACCCCGCCUACCUGUACUCCCUGGAGGUGAGGCUGAGCGCAGAGACGGCAGAUGGGCCCGUGUCUGACUUCUACACCCUCCCUGUGGGGAUUCGCACCGUGGGAGUCACGGAGAGCCAGUUCCUCAUCAACCGGACGCCUUUCUACUUCCACGGGGUCAACAAGCACGAGGAUGCAGAUGUCCGCGGGAAGGGCUUCGACUGGCCCCUGCUGGUGAAGGACUUCAACCUGCUCCGCUGGCUCGGGGCCAACUCCUUCCGCACCAGCCACUACCCCUACGCAGAGGAGGUGCUGCAGCUCUGCGACCGCUACGGGAUUGUGGUCAUCGAUGAGAGUCCCGGCGUGGGCAUCGCGCUGAAGGAGAGUUUCAACAACGAGUCCCUGCAGCACCACCUGGAGGUGAUGGAGGAGCUGGUCCGCAGGGACAAGAACCACCCAGCCGUGGUGAUGUGGUCCGUGGCUAACGAGCCCGCCUCCUCCCUGCCGCCCGCUGGCUACUACUUCAAGACGCUGAUCGCCCACACCAAAGCCUUGGACCCUUCCCGGCCCGUGACCUUUGUGACCAACACCCAUUAUGGAGAAGACUUGGGGGCCCCGUUUGUGGACGUCAUAUGUGUGAAUAGUUACUACUCCUGGUAUCAUGACUUCGGGCACUUGGAAGUGAUCCAGCUGCAGCUGGCGACCGAGUUUGAGAACUGGUAUAAGACCUACCAGAAGCCAAUCAUUCAGAGCGAGUAUGGAGCAGAGAGCAUUGCAGGGCUUCACCAGGAUCCACCGCUGAUGUUCAGUGAGGAGUACCAGAAGAGUCUGCUAGAGCAGUAUCAUUUGGUUCUGGACCAAAAACGCAAGGACUAUGUGAUUGGAGAGCUCAUCUGGAACUUUGCUGAUUUUAUGACUGACCAGUCACCAAUGAGAGUGUUGGGGAAUAAGAAAGGAAUCUUCACUCGUCAGAGAGAACCGAAAAGUGCUGCGUUCCUGCUUCGAGAGAGGUACUGGAAACUUGCCAACGAGACCAGGUACCGCUGUGAGUCACAGUGUUGGGGAAUGCCCCGCUGACCUUUCCACGCCAGAGCCCUGUUUCCGAUGCUGCUGGCCGUGCAGUGCCCCCUCUCCAGGUGCGGGACAUCAGCACAGCACACAAAUGCCUUCCGGACUGUGCGGCUGGUCUGCAUUUUAUAUUAACGUUAGAAGGGAAUGUUGAGAGUUGAAAGCAAAAACAAAGCAAUAAAAAACAAUUUAUAGUAAGGGGAAAGUUGGCUUAAAAGUGGCCAUGUAUAAAUUAAAGGAUCUCUACUGAAAGCAGUUGAAAUUAUGUAUGUGUGACAGACUUUUCAUAGCCUUGUGUCUAGACUCGUGUAAUAUUCAGCGCUCACCACAUGCAGUCGUUGGUUACAUACUGUGCUUCUAGAGGAACGGUUUCAAUGCUAGGGAUGCCAUUUUCAUGUUCAAGGCUGGCAGCCUGGGCUCAGAGUAAAAGACAACUAGUUUUUUUUUUUUUUGCUUUUUGGGUCACACCUGGAGAUGUACUGGGGUUACUCUUGGUUCAUGCACUCAGGAAUUACUCCUGGCGGUGCUCAGGGGACCAUAUGGGAUGCUGGGAAUUGAACAUGGGUCAGCUGCGUGCAAGGCAAAUGCCCUACCCGCUGUGCUAUCGCUUCAGCCCCGACAACUGGUCAAGCUCCGCCCAUGUGCCAAAGCACCAACAAAUGUAUAAAAAGUGAUGGUGGGCUAGAAUUUUAAUCUUGGGGGACUGUUGGGGCCACACUUGGCAGUGUCAGAGUUUACUCCUGGCUCUGCACUCAGGGACCACUCCUGGCUCGGCUCAGGGGACAUGGGGUGCUGGGGGAUCAAACCCAGGGCAGCCUUGAGUAGGCAGCCUCACCCAAUACUGUCAUUGUGGACCCUGGAGAGUUUCGAGGACAUCUCCGUGAGCUGGCUCUGAUGGUCUGGGCACCUUCAGUUCCUCCCUCCGUACCCCCCCCACCCCCGUUCACUUCACACCCAUCUAAAAGCACGUAUUAUGCUGGCAUAACAAACAAGACUUUCGUACCAUUUUAUUUUUCUUUUUGGUGAAGCAAGAUAGUUUUUAUUUAAACUUAUCUAGAAAGAUGUGAGGGGAGAGAAAGAAGUAUGUGUUUGAGAGAGAACACAGGCUGUUCAAGGAGAGCACCGGCUUGAGGAGCCCUGUGCACCCGUUUCCACAGAAUUGAGAAAUCAGGGCAGGAAGGAAAGGCCUGCACUGGCAGGGAGCUGACCGCCAGCUUUCCUAGGACACAGUUCCACUCUGCGGUCACUGACCUUAAGAGAAAGGAACAAGUGAGUCCACUGGCCUCGUCACAAGUGACGCCACUCUCCAGUGUGCUAGCCACACUACAGCCCUCCCAGAGAUGUUUCAAAGGGCCCGCUAGAGACCACUGAGCUUAUGUUCCUCCAAAUAAGGCUUAAUGUCAGGAGUAUCAACAUUCUCUCUGGAGCCAGAGGGAUCGCUCAAUGGGUGAGGCGCUUGCCUCAGAGCAUGCAGCUCACCAGUUUGGUAGGGGCUGGGGUGUGUGACAGACACGACACUCUACUUGCCAAACAUUAACAAAUAGACACUCUUUAAAGUGUUUUGUAAAUCGGGGAUAAGGGCCAUUUCUUUUUUUUUUUUUUUUUUUUUUUUUGCUUUUUGGGUCACACCUGUCGAUGCACAGGGGUUACUCCUGGCUCUGCACUCAGGAAUUACUCCUGGCGGUGUUCAGGGGACCAUAAGGGAUGCUGGGAAUCGAACCUGGGUCAGUCACAUGCAAGGCAAACGCCCUACCUGCUGUGCUAUCACUCCAGCCCCAAGGGGCAUUUCUUUUUUUUUUUUUUUCGGUUUUUGGGUCACACCUGGCGAUGCAUAGGGGUUACUCCUGGCUCUUCACUCAGGAAUUACCCCUGGCAGUGCUCAGGGGACCAUAUGGGAUGCUGGGAUUAGAACCCAGGUCGGCCGAGUGCAAGGCAAAUGCCUUACCUGCUGUGCUAUUGCUCCAGCCCCCGCAAGGGCCAUUUCUUAUCACUCAAGUCCUUGGACAGAUGACAGGAGAAGACAUUCCCCCUCCUGCUGCCCCGUCCCUGCAGCCGGCUCCCAAGUGCCGCUCCACCCACAACUCCUCUUGACUUGUCCCAGCUGUCCCUGCCUCCAUUCUGACCAGAAAUGUUACCUCCAGUGCACAGGAACAGUUCGAAAAAGAGGUAAUUGUAUCAGUGUGAAAUAAUGAUCAAUUCCUAGAUCAUUACUGGGAAUUUAACUGACAGCACCUGAAAAAAAAAAAAUCCUAAGGACAGUGCGUAGACAAAGGAAUUCCCCUGCAGUGGCAGACAGGAGUCCAGAAAAAUCCUAAAGCUCAAAUAGAACCUUGAGUCUCAGAGACGAGGGAGUCGAUCCACACUGUGAUGGCACUGGCAGUGAGCUCCAGAGCAUCUCGAGGAAGAACUGACUCCGAAUACCAGAGUCCACACAAACAGAACUCAAGGAGUCAAGGACAAGCAAGCCGCAGUAGCAGAAUUCAGCGAGUGGAGAAUCACACCCGUGGCACUGAAGACACGAUACCAGCCAUCAACAAUAAUGAAGCAGCAAGAGCAAAGGGAAACUGAUGAAUGUAGGGGAAAGUAAAAAUUCUUGAUGGGUAACAGCUGUAUCACUGUAUAACUGUCAUCCCGUUGUUCAUUGAUUUGUUCGAGCGGGCACCAGUAACAUCUCCAUUGUGAGACUUGUUACUGUUUUUGGCAUAUUGAGUACGCCAUGGGUCGCUUGCCAGGUUCCGAGUGUGGGCGAGAUACUCUCGGUAGCUUGCUGGGCUCUCCAAGAGGGAGGGAGGACUCGAACCCAGGUCAGCCGCGUGCAAGGCAAACACCCUACCCGCUGAGCUACCGCUCCGACUCCUUGUAUGCUUUUUCCUUAUUUUUACUUUAAAUCUCUGAGCUCUUAUGUUUUAGGAGUAUUUUGUAAAUAAAAUGAAUAAAACUUUUAACAGCUGAGCCUUAGACUCCGUUGUUGGUCAACAUUUCACUCUAUCAAUAAAUCAAAGCUAGAGUUUGGUAUUAAUUUCAAUGACUCACUUUUUAUGAUUUUCAUAAAGCUCUUUUAUUAUCAUCUUAAAUUUGGUGUCUUUUAUUAUCAUCUUACUUUAACUCUAUUCCAUUUAACCUCAACUUUGAAAUUUAUCAAGCCCCUUUUCAUUUUUGUCGUACUUAAAGUAUAACAUAAUAAGCAUUUUUACCUAAUGAGGCAAGUUUGCCCACAUUUUUACAUUCCUCCAAAAAAAGUCAAGACCUAAGAAUCCAUAUAUCACAUAACCCUACUAUCAGCAUGAAGGAUAAUCUCCAAAUUAUAUGAAUACCAGAAGGUGAGGAAAGAGAAAGGGGGAGAAUGACUGGUCAAAAUAAUAAUUCAGAACAUCCCCAGUUUAUGGAGGGAAACUUCUGCAGAGAUUCAAGAGGCCCAAAGAGUACCAAACAAAAUCAACGCAAACAAAUCAACACCAAUACACAGCAACUGAAAUGGUAAAAACAAAAGACAAGAAUACUUUAAGAGAAAAACCUUUAGUGUAAAGGAAAAAAUAAUUAUUGCAGAUCUCUCAAAUGAUAUACAAGCAAGAAGACUGCAAUGACACAUUCAAAGUCCC